AGACGUUUGAAGAACAUUGAACUUUCAAAAAAAGAAAAGAAAAAAAAGACAUGACACUGUAUUACUUUCUACUUGACAAAAAUCGUUGCGCAAGACUUGUGGAGUGCCAACAAGCGAAGCUGCCAAACUCAAGUGAACGUACGGCUCUGGUUGCCCCACGUAGUUGGUAAAUAAUAGGUUUUGACCUCAUGGUGGAGAGAAACAGGCAACAACCUGACUGUACUCACGUAGAUAGCGAAGGGCGACGGGGAACUAAAUAGUAAUUGCUGGUAAAAAAUCUCAAUUACAGCACUUGCUUGUGCAUAUGAAUAUACUGGAAAGAAGACAACAGAAGGAUUUUUCUGAUUUACGCUCCCAAUUUGACCUUUUUGGAGGGUUGGGGAAGUAAACAAGAGUGAAGGGUGAUCAAAGACAACUGCUGUCAUGGCGGGCGAUAUGGCAUUGUUGAUGCGCGGCUUGGCCAAGCUGAGUCAGGCCAUCAUAGAAAAUCAGACCAAUACCCUGCGCACCGGUACAGAUCUCCCAAAGGCUGGUGUUGUUGCUCAAAACCUCCAAGCAACCGCUGAGCAAGGCAUCACAGCUGCCAUGAUGAAGAUACAGGAGUUGUCCGGCCAACAGCAAACCUCAUCGUUAGACUCAGAGUUCGACUUUCCUCCAGAUAACACAGGAAUGGAUGCUUCGGAGUUUGGGGAGGAAGGGCCAGGCUUUACUUCAGAGGAAUUAGGAAGUAGUGGAGAGGGAGCAACAAAUCCCAACAUAGCAGCAGAAGGAGGCCAUGUCAGUGCAAAUAAGUCUUUAUUUGAGGGCUACAGAGAUCCCAGUAAGCAAUUCACUGGACACACAAGAUCGUACCACCAGGAUGCAAGGCAUUUACUUGGACAGCCCAGCUUUUACCAUCACCGAUGGAGCAGUCAUGUCCUGGGAGAGCCAUACUGUCACUACCCGGUCAGGCAGUUGGUUGGACAGUCCAGGGCGUACCAUCAGGACCCCUCCACAGUUGGGGGGCUUACAGCUGAAGACAUGGAGAAAGCCAGACAGAGCAAAAGAGUUGAAAUCAAACCUCACAAACAGAUGUUAAGUGAGAGAGCCAGAGAGAGGAAAGUGCCAGUGACACGACUUAGCAGAUUGGCCACUUUUCUAGGUCUAGCUGUGGGGUUGGGUAUUGGAGCUUUGGCUGAAGUUGCCAAGAAGAGCAUUAGAUCCAAUGAGCUGCAAGGUGAUAAGAAGGCAGUUUUGGACUCCAGCCCCUUCCUGUCGGAGGCCAAUGCUGAGCGGAUCGUCCGAACCCUGUGCAAAGUCAGAGGAGCCGCGUUGAAACUGGGUCAGAUGCUCAGCAUACAAGACGAUGCCUUCAUCAACCCUCAACUAGCAAAGAUAUUUGACCGUGUCCGACAGAGCGCAGACUUCAUGCCCAUCAAACAGAUGACGAAGGCUUUGAACAGUGACUUGGGUCCUAACUGGAGAGACAAGCUGGAGUCGUUUGAGGAGCGGCCGUUCGCUGCAGCGUCCAUUGGCCAAGUUCACCUUGCUAGAAUGAAGGACGGCAGGGAGGUGGCCAUGAAAAUACAGUAUCCAGGCGUGGCUCAGAGUAUCAACAGUGAUGUCAACAACCUGAUGACCGUCCUGAGCAUGAGCAAUGCCUUGCCUGAAGGUUUGUUUCCAGAGCAUCUAAUAGAUGUCAUGAGAAGGGAGUUAACAUUGGAAUGUGAUUAUAUCAGAGAAGCCCAGUGUGCCAAAAAAUUCAGGGAACUGUUGAAAGACCACCCGUUCUUCCAUGUGCCCGAGGUGAUAGAGGAGCUGAGCAGUAGGCAUGUCCUGACUACAGAACUUGUCCCUGGGUUCCCUCUGGACCAGGCUGAGGGCCUCGCUCAGGAACUGAAGAACGAGAUCUGUGAAAACAUCUUGAUGUUGUGUCUCAGAGAGUUGUUUGAGUUUAGGUAUAUGCAGACCGACCCAAACUGGUCCAACUUCUUCUAUGAUCCGCAAACACACAGGGUGGCGCUGUUGGACUUCGGAGCUACCAGAGGAUUUGACCAAAGUUUCACUGACCUCUACAUUGAGAUCAUUCAUUCAGCUGCAGAGGGCGAUAGAGAAGGAGUUCAGAAGAAAUCUAUUGAGAUGAAAUUCCUGACUGGAUAUGAGUCAAAGGCCAUGAUCAACGCCCAUGUGGAUGCCGUGAUGAUCCUCGGAGAGGCGUUUGCCUCCACAGAACCCUUCAACUUCGGCGCCCAGUCCACCACUGAGAGGAUCCACAACCUUAUCCCUGUGAUGCUCAAACAACGGCUCACCCCACCCCCGGAGGAAACAUACUCUCUCCACCGCAAGAUGGGGGGGUCGUUCCUCAUCUGUUCACGGUUGAAUGCCAAGCUGUCCUGUAAGGAUAUGUUCCAAACAGCAUAUCAGAAAUACUGGGAAGGCCGCACGCAGCCCUCUUCCUCAGCCUAAACUAAUCCCAAGCACAGAUCAUUUUGACUGACAGGUCUUGGGGCCAGCAGUAGGGAGCCCAGGGAUGAUAAGGUCAGGGUGUAUGGAUGCAGAGCCCUAUGUGGACAGUAUUGGAUCAUUGCAAUUUUGAAAUGCAGCCAUGUUACCUUUCACAAUGCAAUUCCGUUAUUUUUGCUACGUAAUACAGGGUUUUAAGUUGGCAUGUACUUGCAAUGUUUGAAAUUACUGUUUAGAAAUAAUAUGGGCAUUUGUACAUUUUUAAGCCAAUAGUUCUUAGCUCUAGAAACUGGGAUCAACUAGGUACCCAUAGAGCGACCAGGCCACACUCUUUUCUAUAUAUGGCCUUGUGAGGAGAGAUUGGCCAGUGGGGAUGAAAAGAGAGAGAGGCGCAGCCAUAUAUCUCAAUGUCCUGCUGAGAAAGAAUGUAGAAUGGAUUGUUCUAUUUUCUUUCUUUUCUCUCCUGUCAUUUCCAAGAUAGUUCUUGAAUCAUUGUCUUGUUUUAGUUUUUUUUUUUAUUAGCAUGCUUUGUUUUUUUAGUGUAUCAAUAACCAGGCCCACAGGAUGGCCUUGGGCCAGAACUGUCCAUUUUGGUGAUAUCAGACAGAAGAUUGUAAGGAGCAAGACUGAAGUCUAGCUAACUGUAAGCCCUAAGGUUUUCAGACUAUGUGGUUGUGUCAUGAUUUGUGGAUAUUUGCAACUUAUGGGCUUUCACAUGGGUAUUUUUUAAUAGGACCAGCAUGUCUGCUCAGACCACAAAGAAUUCUGCACUUAUUGCCUUUCCCAGGUUUGCCGGCUUCCUUCCACACUGCUGUUGUCCAGGUGUAGAUAAUGUGCAGACCUUGUGUAAAUUUAGAAUAAGAAUUGUUACCCGGAGCGGUGAUGAUGGCAAACAGAGAAGAAGAAGAGAGAGGAGACUUUAUUCGUCUUACAUCUACACGUGGCAAAACACAGCUGAUUGUUAUGAAGAGUAGUGUUCUCUAAAGGCAGCUUCAGCCCAGACAAGGCUGCCAAGUGCAGGUUUGUUUGCUGUUUCUAGGAAUGGCAACACACUGAAACUGGUUCCUUUCACACAAGAACAGAUCUAAUGUUCUAGCUAUUUACUCUACUAUUUACUCUGUCCCUGUAGGGAAACCCAUUUCGUCAGACCAGUGUUGCUGCAGUUGGUGGAUAGUUUCCGGGCCAUAGUGCAGUCUAGGUCACGGCGCAAGUUGAUCUAAAGUUUUGUGGAGUUUGCAUGUUCUCCCCGUGUCUGCGUGGGUUUUCUCCGGGUGCUCCGGUUUCCCCCACCAUCAAAAAGACAUGCAUGUUAGGGUUAAUACUCCUGUCUGUGCCCCUGACCGAGGCAUGGCAAGACGAACUGGAGUUGGUCUCCGGGCGCUGCACGGCAGCUGCCGACUGCUCCUAGCUACACAGCUAGGAUGGGUUAAAUGCAGAGGAAGAAUUUCGCCACGGGGAUCAAUAAAGUAAUAAAAUAAAAUAAAAUGAAUAAAAAAAUAAAUGUGGCUGAUAAUUUUUUGCUAAUUUUCGGGACAUGCUGCACUGGCGGUAAUCGGGCGCAACGGAGGCGCAGUUGUCAAAGGGUUGGAUUAGAAGGAAUAAGUUAUCAGUAAGGGUGGUGGGGACUAUCUUCAAUUAUGGCCAAUCAGAUCAGUUCUUCUCAUUCCCUUUAAAAGCAGCGUGCGCUCUGUCAUGGUGAACUGCCGGUUUUGUAAUAGAUGGCGGAAGUCCAGACCGGCUAAGACAGAAAAUCUCCUCCCAGGAGGAAGCUGAUGUCCUUACCUCGCGCCCAACAAAGUUGUCACUACGUCUGUGUUAGUGCUACUGCCGGCCUUGUGCCAUCUGGGAAACUAGAGCCCUUAGUGUUUCGCUCAAGACCACUCCAUCUUUUUGGUGACUUGCCUACUGGAAAUGGAGACUUGGCGUUUAACACGUUGCUGCUGAAAUAUGUUUCAAACAAAUGAGAUCUGGUGUUCACCUGCCCAGGCCGCCACAAAGAGAGAAACAAACAAGCUGAUCUCUCUGGUCCUGUAUUAAAGCAGCCAUCCAUAUGCAGCCCACAAUACGGAUGCAUUACUACAACAUGGGGCAACUGAACAAAUCUCAUUGUCAUUCAUAACCUUUGGCUUUCUAAUCAUUUUUUGAGAAAAGUGACGAGCAGAAGAAAAAAACAGUGGAUAUGUACACACAAGUGUAUUGUACCAGGAUGCUGUAAUGGGCCUCUUCUCUCAGAAGGAUCUUACUGUUAGUGUCUGCGGAUUCUGUGUACUAAGUUUUAUAGUCAUAAUCAAUAAAUACUCUGUUGGAAGGUUUUCCCUUUUGCCAUCUUGGUUAUGAUAUACUGAAGCACCUGGCUGACAUGGGAUUAUGACAGUGCUGUUCUGUAACGAUUCGUUGCAUGAACAUGAAAACAAGGUGCCUGUAGUUUUCACUGGAAGGUUUUUCGCUAGCAGUCUCUCUAUGCUUUACAUUUUCUAAUCAAAUGCAUUCUUGUCAAGGGUUGUGAUUAAUGACAGAAAUAAAGGAACAUUUGAUUCUA